AAGCGAUUCGAAAGCGAAGAAAGACUUCUCUGUGGGCAUGGCAAAAUCAUAAAGGAUUCAUCAAACUAGAUUUAAAAACAGGGAAAAAUUAAUUAAAAACAAAAAAUAUAAACAAACAAGAGAAAUGCGUGAAACUUCGUUGUGGGUGCUCAUUGCUGGUUAUGCAACAUUUCUUGUAGUGGAAUGUGCGGAAACAUCAUAUGACACACUGCGUAACAAAAUCAUCGAUGCCGAGCGCUCUGUGGCAGUGGGUGGCAAUAUCUGGCUUACCUCGGCGGAAGACAAAGCAAAUAGCAUACUCAUGAAUGCGAAGCGAGCAGAGAUAGCUGAAGGUGUUAAAACACCAGAAAAAUUUCCGCCUGCAAUGCAUUUCUUCCAGGGCAAACAGUAUCUGCGUCAGAGUGAAGUCUUCCGCAUAAUACAGAAGCUACCGAAAGGGGCAUUGUUGCACGGUCACAAUACCGGCAUGGUCAGUUCGCGUUGGAUCAUAAGUAAUCUGACGACACUAUAUAAUUUAUACACCUGUCGCGAUGCUAACGGUUUGCUGAUAUUCACCUAUGAGCAGAGCAAAUGCCAUAGUGAAGUGCAAAAUGUUUGCUUAGAACGAAUUAAUGCCGAGGAUCGACGACUUUACGAACGGCAAUUGGAGAAGCAUAUCAACAUGUAUACAGUGCAUCCGGAAUCAAUGAUUACGGAUAAACGCAAAAUAUGGCAACGCUUCAACAGCAUAUUUAAGAGUGUGGAGAACUUCUACAGUUAUCAGCCAACUUUCUGCAAUUAUCAUAAACGUUUGCUGGAAGAAUUAUGUGAGGAUAAUAUAUUCUAUGCAGAAUUGAGGUCACCUCUCUCGCCGUUAUACGGCGAUAACAACCGAACGUUUAAUGCCCUGGAAGUAGCUAAUGAAUUGGAAGGCAUUGUUGAGGGAUUUAAAGCGCGUCAUCCAGACUUUAUAGGUCUGAAGGUCAUCUAUACCAAGCCGAAUCAGGCCACAGUGGAUGAAAUGGCUCAGCAUUUAAUAACUUUUAAGCAACUGCAUGAUGCCAAGCCCAACUUUAUUAUUGGCUUUGACUUAAUUGGCCAAGAAGACACAGGAGAUCCGCUACAUAAAUUUGUAAACGAGCUGAGCGACAUGCCGUCAACGGCCAACUUUUUCUUUCACGCUGGCGAAACGAAUUGGUUCGGUAAAACCGACUGGAACCUCAUGGACGCCCUGCUGCUCAAUACCAAACGCAUCGGCCACGGGUAUGCACUGCCAAAACAUCCCAACAUUUGGUCUACCGUUAAGAAACGUAACAUUGCCAUAGAAGUUAGUCCGAUUUCCAAUCAAGUGAUGGGUCUCGUGUGGGAUAUACGCAACCAUCCGGCUACCUUUCUAAUAGCCGAAAACUUUCCAAUUGUUAUAACUGCCGACUAUCCGGGUGUGUGGAACUCUAAGGGCUUAAGCUAUGACUUCUACUACACCUUCAUGGCGCUGGCACCAGCGGAAGCCGAUUUAAGGUUUCUCAAGCAACUUGCAUUGAAUUCGAUAAAAUACGCUAUCUUAACUUCAGAGGAACGUCGCAAAAUAAAUCGGGUUUUCCAGAAGAAAUGGGAGGAAUUUAUUUACAAUGUGAUCAAUUUGAAAUUCUAAAUUCUAAAAGUUUGUUA